AAUUUUCACUUUCAGACGUAAAAACGAAACGUCGUAUUUUUAAUAAUAAUACGGAGAGAAUGACUUUAUCAGAUGAUGUGGAUCUUGAGACAUUUGUAAUAUCUAAAGAUGAUUUGAGUGGUACUGACAUUAAGGCUAUUUGUACUUAG